GAAUUCAUUUUAUCAGAAGAUUACAACAAGAUGACACUAGUGAAAAGUUACCAGGCUCAUCAAAGCAGGGUCAUGAUGAUUCUGUUUGUCCUGGAGAUGGAGUGGGUGUUAAGCACCGGACAAGACAAACACUUCACGUGGCACUGUUCGGAGAGCGGCCAGCGCCUGGGAGGGUACCGCACCAGUGCAGGCGCCUGUGGCCUGCAAUUUGAUGUGGAAACCCGGCACGUGUUUGUAGGUGAUCAUUCUGGGCAAGUGACCAUACUCAAACUAGAGCAGGAGUCCUGCAGCCUUGUUACGACAUUUAAGGGACACACAGGUGGUGUCACUGCUCUUUGUUGGGAUCCAAUACAGCGAGUUUUAUUCUCAGGCAGUUCUGAUCAUUCCAUUAUAAUGUGGGAUAUUGGAGGAAGAAAAGGAACAGCCAUCGAGCUACAAGGACAUAAUGAUAAAGUUCAGUCUCUCUCCUAUGCUCACCACACUCGGCAGCUCAUCUCCUGUGGUGCAGAUGGGGGAAUCGUUGUCUGGAACAUGGAUGUUGAGAGGCAGGAGACUCCAGAGUGGCUGGAUAGUGACUCCUGUCAAAAAUGUGACCAGCCUUUCUUCUGGAACUUCAAGCAAAUGUGGGACAGUAAAAAAAUAGGCCUCAGGCAGCAUCACUGCCGGAAGUGUGGGAAAGCUGUGUGCGGCAAAUGCAGCUCCAAGCGCUCCUCCAUCCCGCUGAUGGGGUUUGAGUUUGAAGUGAGGGUCUGUGAUAGCUGUCACGAGUCUAUAACAGAUGAAGAGCGGGCACCCACAGCUACUUUCCACGACAGUAAGCACAACAUUGUUCACGUACACUUUGAUGCCACCAGGGGAUGGCUGUUGACCUCGGGGACAGACAAGGUUAUUAAGUUGUGGGAUAUGACACCAGUAGUGUCUUGAUGGUGCAUCGGUGGAACUUGAGAGGUGAUAUUUACAGAAGAAACAGAUUUCCUAACCCUAAUCAUCCUGCAGAAGAUAGAUAACGCUGGGCACACACGGCAGAUGAGAAAGGAACUAAUGUGUUUACAACAAUUUUACGUCCUCUGCUUGAUCAAGGCUGAACAUUUGCACGAAGACUCUUUCCACUUACUCUCAAAAUAUACAAGAAGGUAUUUUUUUAACUAAUGGUUUGUACGAUCUGACUUCCAUUGUCUUGAGUUUGUUUGGGAAAUCUGUGUGCGGUGCAAUUCUUAGGUUUUAUAUUUCACUGUCGAGAUACUUGCUGCUUUGUACAGAGGGUUCCUG